CCGCUCUAAACUUGCGCCCCAUCUAUUAAAGUUGCGCGGGGAUUUCAAUUUCAUAAAUUGUUCGAAUUAAAUAACAUACUUACCAGUUACCUCACGAUGCAGCGUGACAUAAACAGCUUUCCUAUUCCUCCAUCUUUUAGGGCGAAGCUGAAUAAUGCUGGAUUUAGUUCUGUUGCUGAUGUGUUGGAGCUAAAGCCAUCAGAACUGAGCAAAGAGUUAAAUAUUUCUAAAGAGGAUGCCCUUGAGCUGAUCAAAGCAUUCAAGUCAGGAGCAAGUAAUCCUCUGGUGCUAGAGAAAUCCCACCUAGAAGACAAAGGGUCACCAAAAGGCUCGUCACCAAGCACAAGGUCUUCAGAUGUCGCAUCCAACAAACUCCCUGUUACAAGCACGUCAGGUGGAGGAGAUGGAAAGAGAACAGCUACAGCUUUUGAGAUGCUUCAGAAAGAGCAGUCUCUUCCUCCGAUCAUCACGUUCUGUGAGGAGCUGGAUGAGAUGCUAGGAGGCGGUGUACCCAUGUGCAAGAUUACAGAGAUCUGUGGGGCUCCUGGUGUAGGCAAGACACAAACAUGCAUCCAGCUGUGUGUGGAUGUCCAGAUACCGGCCAGUCUUGGAGGGGUCGAAGGUGAAGCAGUAUACAUUGAUACAGAAGGCAGCUUCAUACCGCAGAGAGCAUGGGGCAUAGCUCAGGCUGCAACAGAACACUGCCACACUAUGGGAGAUCAAGCAGAAUUGAAAGACUUUACAACUGAGAAGAUUUUGUCUGGAAUCCAUUACUUUCGUUGUCAUAAUCAUGUGGAGCUCCUUGCACUUGUCAAUCUCUUGCCAGAAUUCUUAUCCAAAAACCCCAAGGUAAAACUGAUCAUUGUGGACAGUAUAGCCUUCCACUUUAGACAUGACUUUGAUGACAUGUCACUUCGUACCAGACUUCUCAAUGGACUAGCACAGAACUUUAUCAGGAUUGCUACACAAUACAACCUGGCAGUUGUACUGACCAAUCAGAUGACCACCAAGAUAGGAGAGGGGACGUCUCACCUCAUCCCUGCUCUAGGAGAGAGCUGGGGCCAUGCCUGUACCAUCAGACUCAUAUUAUACUGGAAACAGGCACAAAGAUAUGCCAACUUGUACAAGUCUCCCUCCAAACAGGAAGCAACAGUACCCUAUCAAAUAACACAAGCUGGAGUGCGCAGCAUAUCAAGUCAUCCCAGAGAUUCAACGGAAGGCGGAGCAGGAGACAGAGACCAAGGAGCCUUUAAAGAUCACCAUGGAAACCAAGAUGGCGGCAUGGAUAAUCCCAGGAAGAGACUACGUUCGGAGGAUCCAGUGACCUGAAGGAGAAGCAGGACUCUCCCAUCAUGUUUUGUGCUGUAAGGUAUUUGAGACGUCUUUCCCCGAUGCCAAUGGUUUUUGUUGACCAGUAUCUGUAUCAACAUUUCUUCCGUGAGACGAACUAUUCU